CCUAACAUUUUCCAAAAUAACUUUUGUGUACUUUUUAUUAGAUAAUAUAUAGAUCGUGUAACUACAUACAUUAUGCUUUAAUAAUCAUUUAAAGGGGUACGUUCGUGUGCUGAGAGUCUUUAUCGUGCCGAGAUUCUGGCGCGAUGGCCGGUGUGACUGAGUCAUUGCGGCAGCUUCGACCUGAUUCAUUGAUUUUUUUAAAAGGUACAAAGUGGAGGGAGUAUAGAUGCAUAUUGUGGAAGUUGCAUUGCUUAAGCAGGAUGUGGAAGUAUAGAAGACUUCAAGGACCAAAGGGAAAUAUUUUCAAGUAUAAAAGAUCUCUUUGGAAGAAACUCAAAGUCAACUUGAAGUAUUCUGUGAUUUGAUCUAUCUGUCAAAAGAUGAUCAUCAUCAUAUUAAUGUUGGUAGUUGAUACAGUAAUCUGCACAUAUUGUUCAGAUAUAGGUAUAAUUUGUUCUUGAUCAGUUGGCUAUAAGUUUAGUUGUUCAAAUCUUUCAAAUAUUAGAAGUUUAUACCAUGCAUCAUAUAUCUGUACAAGAUCUAUUUAAGUAGCUGUGAGUUCUUUCUCUUGAUCAGUAUUAUCAUCAUCGUAUAUAUUGCUGGAAAAUAUGAGUAGCUAUGACGUAUUUCUGAGCUUUAGAGGCGAAGAUACACGUGAUUCAUUUACAGACCAUCUUUACAAUGCACUAAUACGAGCAGGAAUUGAUACUUUUAGAGACAAUGAAGAAAUAAAUAGAGGUGAGGAAUUGAAACCUGAAAUCGAAAGAGCAAUCAAGGAAUCAAGGUCUUCAAUAGUUGUAUUGUCAAAAAACUAUGCAACUUCCUCUUGGUGCCUUGAUGAGCUUCUGUUGAUUCUACAACAAAGAAAAGAAUGCAAUCAUUUUGUUCUGCCAGUUUUCUAUCACAUCGCUCCCACAGAUGUUAGGCAACAAACUAACAGUUUCGCCAUACAAGUGAUCGAAGCUUCUUCAAAGUGGUCUGUGCACAACGUGAACCAGUGGAAGGCAGCACUAAAAGAGGUUGCUGAUUUGGCCGGCAUGGUUCUUUCUGGGUCUGAAACAAAGUUCUUGAAGGAAAUUGUGGAUACUAUUUACAAUAAAAUAGAUUGCAAAGAAGUUUCUCUUCCACCCAAUAUAACAGGGAUGUCCGCUCGAUAUGAGGAGAUCAAUAUUUGGUUAAAUCAACCCAAUCUUGAAUUUUUAUCAAUUUGGGGAAUGGGUGGAAGUGGCAAAACAACACUGGCCAAGUAUAUAUACGAUUCAAAUUGGAAACAUUUCGAAAAUGUAAGUUUUGUUGAAGGGAUUGAUAGUAGAUGUGAAGGACAUCAUGAUUUGCUUGAGCUACAAGAACAACUUCUCAAAGACAUUUUAGGAGGCAAGAAAAGAAAAAUUCCUGGUGUUUCCCAUGGUACGAGGAAAAUUGAGGAGGCAUUACAUUCAAAAAGGACGCUAAUUGUUCUUGAUGACAUUGCUGAGCAUAAGCAGUUGGUUGCUUUACUUGGAACAGGGGAGAUUAAUGCACAAAGCAAAAUUAUAUUAACAACCAGGCAAAAUACAGAUAAAUGGUUUAGCUCCACAAAAUGGAGAUGUCAAAGUUAUAAAAUGAAAUUAUUGAAUGAUGAUGAAUCAUUAGAACUUUUAAGUCGGCAUGCAUUUGGUUCCAAGAUUCCCAUGGAAGGUUUCGUGGAGCUUGCAGGACAAGCAGUACGAUAUUGUCAAGGAAAUCCACUGGCACUUGAAGUUUUGGGUUCGUCUCUGUUCAAAAACGAUUGGGAAAGUCAAUUGAAGCUAUUAGAUAAAGAUAUCGAUUCUCGAAUUCAAGUAGUACUCAUAAGGAGCUACAUGUCUUUGCCAUAUAAAUCGGAGAAAGAGUUGUUUUUGCAUAUUGCUUGUUUCUUUGUUGGCAAAGACAUAGACUAUGUGGUAACGAUAUUGGAGCGUGAUUAUUCUGCAGCAUCCGGGAUCAAAACAUUAAUAAACAGAUGUCUUCUCUCUGUUUCACCAAACAAAAAACUCGUAAUGCAUCGGUUGCUCCAGGAGAUGGGGAAAAACAUAGUCCGUGAAGAAUCGCCGAAAUAUCCUUCAGAGCGUAGUAGAGUCUGGCUAAGUAGCGAGUCCUAUAAGAUAUUGAGCAAGGGAAAGGGUUCAAAAACAAUAGAAGGUUUAGCACUUGACAUGAAUCUGCUGACAGAAGAGAUCUUUGCAUUCAAGUCAUCAGAACUCAAGACCAAGGCACUAAAAAAGAUGGAUAACUUAAAAUUGUUGCAGCUAAAUUUUGUGGAGCUGACCGGCUCCUUUGACAAUAUACCAGAAGAUUUAAGAUGGCUUUGCUGGAUUGGAUUCAAUUCAAAAACUGUACCCUCUGAUUUAUACAUGAUGAAUUUGGUGGCUAUAGAUAUGAGCAAUAGCAAGUUGGAAGUAUUUGACCCCCCUAUGAAUCUUCAAUCAUUGCAGAUUCUAAAUCUUAAGGACUCACACAAUCUACGUGAAAUUCGCAACGUGUUUAGAAUCCCUCAACUCGAGUCUUUGAUUCUUUGGAACUGUUUUAGUUUGUUGCAUGUCUGUGAAACCAUUGGAGACCUUACGAGUCUUGCACUAUUGAACUUGACAGGGUGUAAAAAUUUGUCCAAUCUGUUAGUAGGAACUAAAGCAUCCACCUCUGGUGGAUUUCCAAUGCCUACAUUAUCCUUCCCACGUUCAUUAAAGCGGCUAUUACUCAAUAAGUGCGAACUUGAAUAUACUGAUCAUUUUCCUUUGAAUUUCAACGUUCAACCAUUUUUGGAGUACUUGAACUUAGGGAAUAGUCUAUUUAAGGUCUCGCCUUGCUAUGAUCAUCUUGAAAAUCUUCGGGUCCUUGAUUUGAGUUUUUGCUGUAGUCUGAAGUCGCUUCUAUAUCUCCCCAACAGAUUAGCAGAAUUGUAUGUAUAUUAUUGUGAGUCACUGGAGCAAAUAACUUUCAAUUCACAUCGAUUCACUUUGCAAGAGUUUGGUUAUGAAGGUUGUGUCAAUUUGUAUGAAGUUGAAGACUUUAUCAAAUUGCUACCAGUAUCCAAGCUCAAUGAAACUGCUCUGGGGCACUUGAAGUGGCUGAAAAAAUAUCAAAACCACGAGGUGUGCCUUGUUGGUGAUGAUGAGCUCACAGUAGGCAGAAAUUGUAAUCUCCAGAUGUUGUAUGAAUUCAGUAUAAUGAGCACAUCUCUGCCAGAUGUUUCAGACCUAAAGGAUCCAAACAUUAAACCUGACUAUAUAUCAGAAUCAUCAUCUUUGUCCUUUGGAGUGCCUUCAUGUCCUGAGAAUAGGAGGCUUAAAGGAUUAAAUCUAACUUUCAAAUAUACAAUAUCAGGUGAUGACUCUGCAUGGUUUGCUAAAAUCAGUACAACGAAUGGUGUUGAUUUGAUGUACAACCCCAGAGUAUUUGGCAAACCAGAAUAUGGUGAAGUUGGUAUAUGGUUGAGCUAUUGGCCAAUUGGAAACACAUUGGAGCCGGAAGAUAAAGUUAAUGUCUCUAUUGCUGUGAUGAGUGGAUUAGAGGUGCAUGAAUGUGGGGCAAGGCUUGUGUACUCUGAUGACGAAGUAGCUGAUGAAUCCUCUGGAAGCAAUUUAAGUUUGGAAGAAAUUCUUGGUGGAGAAUUGUCUGGAUUUCAGCUAAGCACAGGAGCAUACUAUCUUUGUCGCCGUGAUUUCUUCGAGUUAAUGGAGGUUGGCAGACUAGCACCUGAUUGGUUUAAAAUUUUAGUGGGUGAUACCAUUGAUUAUACAGAGAUACGGGGAUGGAGAAAGAUUGGUCGACCUAAGCAGCUGAAUCGAUCAUAUAUAGAUUUGAAAACUCUGAGAUGCAUCAUCCAAGGUCCUGAAUUGGAGGACAUUUACAAGAUAACAGAAAUGUCUAAAUCAUCUCUUGAUACAACUAUGACGUUUACAUCAAGCUCAGAGCUAGUAAAAUCUGGUACUGAAUUUGAGAUUCAUGCUACAAAUGGCAAGAGAACUGUGCACAAAAAACUGAUAGGAAUAGGAGUGAACAUCGGUGAUGAUAAGGUAAAACACAAGGUGGUGAAAGAAUUGGCUAAAUUUGCAGGAAUUGGAUCAGUCACUCUUGAUACAAAAGAAGAGCGGAUAACUGUCGUUGGAGAUUUUCAUCCUUUUCGUGUUGUGAAAUUGGUGGAGGAGCUUUGGAAAAAUGAGCUCAUUCGUGUUAAAAAUCUACCCAAAAGCUCCGCAUUGAAAUCUUUAUAUGACAGAUGUUAUACAAUUUAUAACUUCGCAAGAGAAGCAGGAGUAACAUUGAAAUAUUAUGCAGAAGCAGCACAAGCAAGUUCCCCAAUGGGAAGUCCCCCCCAUCAAUGGGAAGUCCUCCAUCAAUCAAUGGAAAGUUCCCCAAGUCCCCCCCAUCAAUGGGAAGUCCUCCAUCAAUCAAUGGAAAGUUCCCCAAGUCCCCCCCAUCAAUGGGAAGUCCUCCAUCAAUCAAUGGAAAGUUCCCCAAGUCUCUCCCAUCAACGGAAAGCCCCCCAUCCAUCAAUGGAAAGUCCCCCAAGUUUCCCAGUUUCCUCAUUAAGAAAAUUUUCCCGAAGCCCAUCAUUGGAAAGACCCCCCCUAAGCCCAUCAAUGGAAAGUCCCCCAAGUUCCCCAUUUCAAUCACCGGAAAAGUCCAGUUCGUGAUGAUUUUAAAGAUGCAAAAUCAAGCCACUUAGCCACCCAUUGAAAUUUUCAGAUAAAUCGGGCUAGAAACUUUAGUAUUUUAUUGGGUUGAGAUUACUAAUUGUUUCCGUUUGGUUUUUAAUAUGAAGUAUAUGAAUUCUGUUAAUAUUAACUAGUUUUUUUAAUCCACACUUCGUGGCAGAUGAAGAAAAUGACAUUUUUACAUAACAAUAAAAUUUGAUGUUGAAGUUGGUCCAAUAUUUAUACUUAGUGGAUCACAUAUGUAUAUCUUGGAAAUCAAUUUGGGAGGUGGGGGUUAGCAUUGCGUUAUGUAAGUGAUCUUCUGAUUA